UUCCAACACCCCCUGUGCACUUUUACUAGGUUUAAGAUAUGAUCACAUCUAGUAUACCCGUAGGCUUGCCUUAGUUCAGUUUACUAGUAUUAGAUACUGGUUAAUUCUCACAAUUGUUUUAAAAUCUAUACAAACACAUGCUUUUGAUACAGAAAGGUGAUACCAAAGUCCAGAAUCAGAAGAUGAAAACAGGCAAUCAUACAGCUUGUAAUGCACGAUUGUUAUACUUUACAGCAUCUCAGUAAUCAAUACGUCAGCCAUACUGUGCACACACAUAAAGAGGCACUGAUAAACAACCAUGGAGCCUCAGCCUGAGGGAAAUGUGUUAUUUGAGGCUAUUAGACACCGUGACUGGCAAGAAGUAAGACGUGUCUGUGAAGAACAUCCCAACCUUAUUAACACUUAUGACACCAGGAUAUGGUAUGGAACACCAUUAUUACAUGCUAUGAUACACCAACAAACUGCACCAGAAGACUUGAUGCUACUGAUGGUUGAAAAAGCUACAGUAGGGAAUAUAGAAUAUGAAAACCUGUUGGGUGAAACUAUUAUCAGUUUUUUGGCAAAGCAUAUGUAUACAUCAGCAUUGAGAUGUGCAUUGGAAAAGUCUGCAAGCAAAAUAAACACAGGAGACAAUCUUGCAAUAUUCUUGGACGAUGAAGGUUUUGUGCCUCGUGGACACACACCACUACAUUGCUGUCUAUGUGCUCAGGGUACUUAUGAUGAACAGCGAGAAACAGCAUUGUGCUUGAUAACAUAUGGAGCCUCUGUCUACCAAAAAAAUAGAGAAGGAUUAACACCUCUUGAUUGUUAUGAUCGUAAUGAAUGUAGUAAAUACGAAGUAUCAACAAAGAAGGAGAAGAAAGAUGAACUUAAAAAAUUGCUUAUAAAGCUAUCAGUUCCAGAAGAAAUAUUAGCGAGAGGUCCUGAAGCCAUUAAUGCAUUCACAUAUGAAGUCCAGAAUGGGGAAAUUACGAUGGUUAAUUCCAGAGUCAUGUUCCUUGGCAAAGAAGGGGUAGGCAAGACGAGUUGUGUCCGUUCCAUGCUUGGCAAAGUAUUUAACAACAAGGAACCAUCAACAGAUGGUAUUGUAACAACAACAGUAUUUCAAACGGUUGAUGGAGAUGGCAGCAAAUGGAAGGAACAGAAGGAUGUGGAUGUUUGUGAACUAACGAAGCAGAUACGUGAGCAUGCCAUUGCAGAAAGUCUUGCCAAAAAGCUCAAACAGCCAAAAAGCCAACAAAACACAACUAAUUCUGCAUCAUCUAGUUCUACAGCCUCUUCAUCGAAGCCAUCAGAAGCAACCAGAAGUGCAAGCUAUACCAGGAAACUCCCAGAAGGAAUUCAUGAGAAACUUGUUGCUAAACUUGCUGUACCUGCCACUUUCCAUCCUCCUACCCUAUUUGACCUGCCAUAUCAAAGAUCCAGAUUGGGUCAGCUACUUCGAAGAGCCAUAUUUGGUCAACCACGUCAAACAGCAGAGGUACCUAGCAGAAAUCCUAUUCAACAACACAAGGAGAGUUUUAUACCAAGUGAUGUCACAAGCAUUUGGGACUAUGCCGGUCAACUGACCUAUUAUAUAUCUCACAGGUUUUUCUUGACAGAUGGAUCAUCUUACUGUGUUGUGUUUAGUGUGUUAGAUGAUUUGGAUGCUCUAGCAAACCCAAGAGAUUUCUUACAAGGACAAUUUGAAAUGACAAAUCUUCAGAUGAAUGUAUUUUGGAUGCGGUCAAUAUACGAACAUGCUGUACUACCCUAUCGUGGAAGGACACGGAAGUUGAUCAAUGGCAUAUCAUCACCCAAAGAUGUUGGAAAAACAAGACUUCAUGUUUCCUUAGAUGAGGUUGCAGAAAUUGCAUCUGAAUGUGGAAUUUCUAAAACAACGCUCAACACUGUCCUCGAUUAUCUAAACGACACUGGAAUAAUUCUGUACUCUAAGACUAAUGAGAAGUUAAAGUACACGGUUAUUACAAACUUACGCAUGAUGAUCGACCUCUUGACAAAAAUCAUCACAGUAGUGAAACCAGAUGAUAUUGACAAGUUGCCUACACUGAUGCAUUUAUGGAAUAAACUCGACAGUGAGGGAAUUCUACAAGAACAGUUGCUACGUCAUUUGUGGAGACGUGAGAUAGAGAAUGAUACCAGCAACUUUGAGGUAUUCCUUGAACUGCUUAAGAUGUUUGGGUUACUGUUUGAAAAACAAAAGGGAUCUCAACCUGGUAACCGAAUGUUCAUGGUUCCCACUCGGAUGCAAAUCAAUAAAGAGGGCUUGGAAGUUAAGGAAGAUGAGCAGCAAACGGUGUCGAUUUAUGUGAUUCCUACAGACUUCCUACCAGAUGCUGUCUACAAUCUGCUGGUGGUUUCAUUUUUAGACUUGAUGAAUGACAAAGGUAGGAGUAGUGAUCAUGUGGAAUUGUUUCGGAAUCGUAGUGACUUUGACUUAGAUGAUGAGCAUGUGGUGAGUCUAGGAGCUGUCAAAAUCAAGAACAGGCAUGCACUGAAGAUUGAAAUAUCACAUAGGAUAAAAGUUGAUGAACAUGGCAAAGAAGAACUUCUCGAACCACAUCCUAGCAUCUGCAUGGAGGUAUUAAGUUACCUCCGUCAGCAAUUGAAAACUGUGUAUGUUACUACAGAAGGAGUUGGCUAUGAAUUACGCAUCCUUUGUAAUGCCUGUGAUGCUACGCUGCGACCGCUGCAUAAACUUGAGGAAUGUUUGAAAAAAGAAAGUGUGCCAUGUGGAAAAAGAAAGUCAGUUGCAACGACUCGUAUCAGACGACUUUUUUCAACAGGUUUUGAUGAUAGCUCUACACAAGGAACCUUGAAUUUUCUGGCACUUCAGACAUUGAUUAUUGGUCGUGGAACCAAAGAACUACGGAGGUACUUUCUAGACAAAACUAACCUUACCAAACCAGAAGUUAAACCAUUUUUGGCAAAGGAGAGGUGUGCAUUACUAAAGGAUGUUGAUUUUGGAGAUGAUUCAACAACAGUGUUUUCAUCAACCAGCAAUAUUGAUGCAUUCCAUAUGGACAUCAUGAUAAAGUUAAUUCGCUGGUGUUGUCACAACACUAAUACAGAAGACUUCUGGGAGAACCCUCCGGUUGAUGACAAUUCUGAGCUGGCAAAUCUUGUCCGCAUCUAUCAAUAUAAGAAAACUGUUCUAGACUGCAGUUACAGCAACAGUGUCACAAAGGAGGUGUUUGAUAAGCAAUGGAAGGAACUCGCAGCAAUUUUUACAGGUGUUGGAGUUCCUGUUGAAGACAUUGAGAAUUACCGCGACCCAUCUCAUUACAAGGAUGGAGCCUUGGAAGAAAUAGGUAUUGGGCACACUGUCAUUGAAGAAAUCAAGAAUUUCCAGGCUGUGUUAUCGGCUGUCGUUGAUGUUGGAACUGCAACCAUGAGAAAUUACAUAUUGGAGGUUAACAAAAUUAACAAAAACGAUGUUGGGAAUUAUCUACUCUCCGAGAAGAGAAAGGGUAGCUUUAAUAAAGUAAUGAAAAAUAUCAGUAAAGUGCAGAAGUCAAAAAUGUUCACAGCAUCUGCUGACAUUGAUACAUUUGAUAUCUCCAUCAUGUACUUAAUCAUUCGAAACUGCUCCAAUGGCAUUCCAGAGUCAUUUUGGGAAAAUCCAGAUAGACUGGUUAACUUGGUGCACAUCCACGACUACAGGAACACAAAGCUGGCACAUUCUCCUGACAGUAGAAUGUCAACUAAAGAAUUUGAAAUUGAAUGGAAGAAAGUGAGAUCUAUGUUGCAUGCUGCAGGUGCUUCUUUAACUGACAUUGACAAAUAUAAGGCACUAAGAUUCAUCAACUAAAUGCAUAAUUCUACUUUGUAUUUAAAUGUCUGCUGUAAAAUAUGAACACAUGUAUAUUUGUUAUAUUUUUUUCUACUCACAUGAUAUGUAAAAAGUUUGGGCCCAAGCAAUAUGUGAUCUUUAACUUGUCUGGUUUAAGAGUGCUAGACUUUGGUGACCAGGGAUAACCUGUCAUGAGUCUGUAUAAGGCAUCCAUGUACAAUCACAAAUUUACUAAUUGGUGCUUGAAUACCAGCUGUCAAAUGUAGCCUGCAAUGACAUGAUUUAAGUUUACCAAAUAUACGUAGUAUUGUUUAAAUCUACGGUCAGCAAACAUAAUCCCUUACAAACCAAAGUAAAUUGCCAUAACUUCCCAUGACACAAGAGUUCUAUUUACCCCACACUUUUAAGACUCAAAAACCAAAUCUGUCUCGUACAGUUCGUUGUGGGGAAUGCCAUCAAGGACCCUGCAAUUUGAUUAUGAUUGUCUAUAAUUUUGAUAAACUCUGGUUCUUCUGCCAGAAAUUUGCUGAGGUUUUUCGAAUACAUCAAAUUUUCCACAAGACACUAUGAAAUCAUUAAAUUAAUAAUACUACUAGACUUGCCCAGGAAAUACAUUUUUGAGCAAGUGAUGCAAAUGAAGAGCAUUAAAAGGCAUUGGGAUAUUCAGUCACAUGUUGGAGAAAACCCUGUGCGGCAAUGUAUUAAUUACCCGAGUGCUGAGAUUGAUUGGCAAUGACAAUGCCUAUUCGGGGUACACCACCGGUCCACAGGGAAGUGUCAUUAAGCCUAUUAAUAAUAACUCAGAUCAAAAGAAAUUAACUCAAAUUUGAAGAAAUAAAAUAAACGCUUUCUAAAAAGUUUUGGUUUGAUGUUUUCACAUAACAUUGCAACCCUUAUUAAAUCGUUUUUUAUAGAUUUAUAUGACAACCCAACUUGGGUGUUGAUCCAUGGUUUGCUGAUUGUAGGUUUAAAUUACUUAAAACUUAUCAUGUGUUUAUUUAAUUUUGUAUCGUAAUAUGUACCGUUGUAUCAGCUACACUUGCUAUUAAGCUUAAUAUUUUAAAGGGAUAAAUCUAAUUGUACAAUAUCAGUGAAAAUAUAGGUUUUUGAAAAAUCAACAUGUACUAGAGAAAUCAAAUUUUAGAUAUUUUUGAUCAUGGGUCACUUUAAAGUUCUGCAUAUUCACAUUAUAUACAGGGGUGGCACCAGGAAUUCUCUGUCGAGGGGAACCCCAUCCCCUCUAACCCCAAUUGGGGAAAAAGUUAUUUUCGCGAAUUUGUUAAAUUAAAAAUAAAAACAUUUUGUUUUAAUUGUGAGAAUCUUUACCCUGUCACAUGUAUGAGCCCACUGUCGAGGAAGAGCUGACACCACCACAGCAAUACAUACAAUGGCAAUAGUAUACAAUACCUUGCACGUACGGUUGCACUGUUUACACUAAACAAUUUUCAAGCCCUAAAAAAGUUGUCAGCUUAGUAAGGCAUGCUUUAAUUGUGCUUUUGGCACUCAAGAUUUGGUUUUUGCCAACGACAUUGCUGGAAAUUUCCCGACAAAGGGGUCAAAGCAAGGAACCAGAGGUCCCCAUUGAGGGUCAUUCCUUCCUUAAGCCACCCAUUAGUACCGCCCCUGAAUAUUGAUAGGGUAGAUUUUAAGUAGUUUUCAAGAAGAAUGUAGAUAUUUACCAAGGAAUUUAGACUCUUGAAAGUAUGUUUACCUUCACCAACCGUACAAUUUAAGAAGCGAUUGUUGGUUUUUCGAGUAUCAAAGCUUGACAUUUACUUAGAUUAAAAAAAUGAAACUUUAGACAUUUUUCAAAUCAUGGUUGUUUCAAAGUUGUGUGUAUUCAUAUUAUAGGUUUAGUAGUUUUUCAAUAAGAAUUUAGAUGUUCACAGAGGAACCCUCUAAAUUAUGUAUACUUUCACCAAACAGAGAACUUAAGAAGUGAUUAUGAUAGAGGUGCAUUUUGUGUAAUAAACUGAAAAAAGACUUUAGAUGAAAAGAAGACAUUUGGUAAAUGUAAGAACAUUUGUAAGUAAGUGGUAGGGUGUACUGAUAGUCUUUUUGAAAUGUUGUUGUGUGCUCUUUUGUCAUUUAUACAUUUUAUCAAAAUAUUUUGUAAAAGACACCAUUUGGUUGUAAAGUUUAUCAUGCUGAAAUAUAAAGUUAUUGUAAUGUAGACUUAAUCGAUUAUAUUAUACACAUGCCAUGUAAUUUUAUUAUACAUCUGGAUUUUUACAUUUAAAGUUCACUGUGUGCAAAAAAAAAAGAAAAGAAAAGUCUACCUAAAAAAUUGAAACAAAUAUUGAAUAGCUCAUAUAGAAGGAUCAAAUCAAUUGGUUGUUGACGACGACAUUUUUUUCACAUUCUGAGUUUAAAUUGUAAGUUAAGAACUUAUGUUUAUAUACAGAUUAAGCAAUUCAAAUAUAUUUGAAAUUUAAUUUUCCAAUUUUUAGCUUGAAAGACAGUGUAUCCUUAAUGCAUAAAUUUUUUUCUAUCUAAAAAACUUACUUUAUAGACAAGUGAAAUUGUGAAUGUAUUUACAUUGUAAACUUAUGAAUGGAUGUGAAAUUUUUAGAAGUCACUUAUUUUGUGUUCUUUAACUAAAAACUUGUCCGAUCAGCCGGAGUAAAAAUGAAAAAAAAAAACAUUGCCAUGUUAAAAAACUUUCCAGCUUAUCCUAGAAGGAUGGCUAAUAUUCAGGGCCAUCUUAAAUAUUUUAAAUGAAUGUACUCUGGAUUAAACCAAUUUGUUUUUUGUAA